CGAAGUGCUUUGUUUUAUGAAGGGCAGGGAACCUUAUCAGCCAUGUCCUUAGCCCUCGUGCAGGAGCAUGUUGAUCGUGCUGUUAGGAAUGCCAGCGACUAUAUGUUUGGCCUUGCUGAAAAGAUAAAGUUGAGUACUUAUCCAAAUCCUCUUCCAGAAGCCAACCCAACAUGUUACGCCAUUCGUGAAGAGGGUUGGGUUCCCCCAGCCGAACUGCUGCAGAAAGUGUUCGGCUUUCUAGACGUUACAACCUUAGUAAACACUGUCCAGCUCGUGUGCAAGGCGUGGCGGGCGGAAGUGGAGCGCUAUGCACUUGAAAAUCGGGCUUCGCGAAAGCUUUUGGACCAGCGAGUCGCACUUGCAUCCCUGGGACCGCCCGUGAGCGCCAGUCACCUCUACCUGGCAAUGUGUGGCCGCAACCUCCUCCGAAACCCGGGCUUCCGCCGCGAUUGUAACACUCAGCUGCUGGAGCUGGGGCGACAGACUUGGAACAAGUGGAAACGCGAUGCCUGGGUGGUCAGCCACACUUCGCAGGACGGUCUGAGCUGGGAACAACGCCCUGUAGGCUUCAUCAGUGAAGGAGGCUGCGGGACCGACGCGCCGGCACCGCCGGUGCCGUACGGGGGCGGUGGCGUACGGCUGGGCGAGCGGGUGCAGCAGCAGCUCAAGGGCCUGCUGAACGGGUGGACUAUGAGAGAUUCCGGCGAGCAGCGACAGCAGCAGCUUGGGGUGGAAGGGCCCGAGCUGCCCACUUGCAUUGCAACUUCCGCGGACUGGUGCGAAGUGGUGCAGGUCGUCGACCUGGAGUGGGAGCUCCGGCGGCGGGGUCUGACCGCGGCCCAGGCGGCCCACCUUCUGGAUGCAGAACUCAGCUUAAGACUCACAGUGCACGUGGGGAGCAGGUCGGACUGCCUGGGCCAAUUCUGUGUGGGGCUGGUCCUGGACGAGGGCAACCCCGGCGACGCGUUGCCCCAGAUUCAGUCCUUCGUGAUGCGCCCCAGCCGCUACAGAUACUUCUCCGGCAAGGUGCGCUGCGCCGCCACGGACGGCUGGCAGCGCUUCGAGCACCACGUGGCGGCCUGCCCGCGGGGCUUUCGACGUGCACUGGUGCUGCUGCGCGGCCGGCGGGCGCCGGCGAGCAUGGUAGAGCCAAGCAACGGCGGCGAGCCACUGCCUGCAUUUUGCGGCGCGAAGUUCGCAUCCGCCGAGCUGGUAUUCGAGUGA